UAUAAAGAAUCAUAAACCUCCAAAAGGAGCCCUAAACCCACAAUGUCCGAUAGAAUUCCACCGGAACUUGUCACCGAAAUUCUACUCCGUUCUCAUGUCCAUACGCUUCAAAACUGCAGACUAGUGUCAAAACAGUGGCGUUCCAUAGUAGACGACCCUGAUUUCAUCAAACGCCAUAUCGACCACUCCAUCAAGACCAACACCAAUAACAUCUUCUUCCUCCAAGAAGAAGAUGGCAACCUCUACGAAUUAGACUUCGAUACUUUCGGUCCCGGUGGCCCGCUAAAAUUUCAUGACCGACCCGAAUUCCCUGGAAAUCGCUCCGUUUCAUUAGUCGGGUCCUGCAAUGGUUUGCUUUGCACAAGGAAUGAAAACAACGGAGAUAUUCUCAUAAUAAACCCAUCGAUGAGGAAGCAUCGCUGGAUGCCAGGUUUUCUUCCUGUUAAUUUCCAGACUCAGGUUCAUUUGGAUGAUGAUGACAUUUGGAUUCACGGGACUGGAUAUGGUUUCGGAUAUGAUCGUGUCAGCGGUGAUUAUAAGAUUGUGAGAAUUUUGCAAAUGCUUGGUCCUGAUAAUGUUGGUUACUUGGAAUCCGAGAUGGUGAUUUGUCAUGUGAAAACAAGAGUGAUAACAUCUGUUAAAAUGCCUUAUCUAAUUCGUAGUGUUCAUAAGAUGGGUGUGUUUGCUGGUGGGGCUCUGCAUUGGAUAAUGGGUAGGUAUGAUGAUUUGAGGAGCCGGAAUCUAAUUGUGGGUUAUGAUCUUGGGACUGAUGAAUUUCGUGAGUUGCCCCAGCCUGAACAUGUGAAUGAAACGUUUAGAAUGCACAUUGGUUUGUUAGGGACAUGCUUGUGUAUGCUUGCUUAUCAUUCUGAGGUUGGUACUUAUGUUUGGAUGAUGAAAGAAUAUGGGGUUAGGCAAUCUUGGACUAAGCUGUUUUCAAUUCCAGAUAAUUUACUGCAUUAUAAAUCCAUCAGACCUUUGGGUUUCUCGAAGAAAGGAUCUGAAAUUUUAUUGGAACUGAAUGGAAAAAGACUUGUUUGGUAUGAUCUGGAGAAGAAAAGUGUUGAGCUUGUUAGGUUUCGUGGACUGCGGAACAAAUACUUUGAAACCAUCCUUUGUUUAAGAAGCCUUGUUCGAACAGAUGCAAAUGGAGGAAUGCAUGAAACUUUGAAAAGCAGCAACAUCCAAAAGGGCAAGGAAUGGGUCAAAAGCAACAACAACCAAAAGCGCUGAAGACUAGAAAGAAGAAGGAUGAUUUCCUGUCAACAGGUUUCAAGCUAAAACUGUAGAAAAAAUAGAUCAAGGAUGGUGAAAGGACUAAGGUUGGUGACUUGGUGGGAUUAAGCCCUGUUUUAGGAUACGAGAAAAGCUUUGGAGGUGGAAUGUAAGUAGGGUUGGACCAGCAUUUUGUCCUGUAAAGGCUGUAAGCCUAUAAUAGAUACUCGAAGUACCUGGGAUGUGCCUAGAAUGCAUUAACUAGAAUUACAUUUUGAAGCCUGUGAGAAUAGUCUCAACUAUUUCCUUAUGACAUGAUGCAAUAUUCAACUUUUGAAUUACAUUUACUGGUAAAGUAUUAAUCAUAAUUUGGAAAACAAAUUUACUUAUUUUA